AGGUGGUCCAAUCAGCUAUUUUAACAGACCCCAAAACAACUGAAAGGAAGGUUUCACAAGAUGGCGACCGCCGUUUUGGUGAUCGCUUCAGUCACUAGCAAGCCCGAGAAAGAAGUGAGUGAGAGCACGAUUCAAAAAUGUGAGAGUCCAGAGUCGUACAUCAAGCAUCCAUUGCAGAACAGAUGGGCUCUCUGGUUUUUCAAGAAUGACAAGAGCAAAACGUGGCAAGCAAACCUUCGUCUCAUCUCCAAAUUUGACAGCGUGGAGGACUUUUGGGCGUUGUAUAACCACAUUCAGCUGUCGAGUAACUUGAUGUCUGGAUGUGACUAUUCGCUCUUUAAGGAUGGGAUUGAACCCAUGUGGGAGGACGAGCGGAAUCGACGAGGCGGCCGCUGGCUGAUAACGCUGUCCAAGCAGCAGCGCAAAUCAGACCUGGAUCGCUUUUGGUUGGAGACGCUCUUGUGUCUGGUGGGUGAAGCUUUCGACGACCACAGUGACGACGUGUGCGGAGCCGUCAUCAACGUCCGAGCUAAAGGUGACAAGAUCGCAAUCUGGACCACGGACUAUGAAAACAAGGAGGCCAUCACACACAUAGGGCGUGUGUGCAAAGAGCGGUUAGGUGUCCCGCCCAAAGUGGUCAUCGGAUACCAGUCGCACGCCGACACGGCCACAAAGAGCGGCUCCACAACCAAGAACAAGUUUGUCGCCUGAUGAUAUCGUGAUGCCUUUGUUUGGCUUGUGCCAACGGGGAACCGUCUUUUUUUUUUUCCAUGAAUGUAUGACGUGUUGAUCCACUAACAAGAACUUGAAGUGGACACGAUGGCUUCCUGCCUGUGUAUUUGUUGUCACUUGGCCAAAGUGUUUGGACGAGAGUACGUGUACAGUUAAAUGGCUGCACUCUCCAUGGAGAACUGUUAUGUUUGCUGAAGUGGGUGAAGGGAAAGGGAUGUUUUGAUGCCCGUUUGUUUUUGUUUUCCAAUGCAGCUGCAUAUUCAAGAAUAUAUUGUUUCUUUGUUUUCACGGCAACAUAUGUCAGGGAGUGUUUAAACCUUGUACAAAGUGUGAAUAGUAAAAGAAAAUGACCUAUUUUUGAAGCGCAGAUAAAUGCAUCAUGAAAAAACACACAUGGUGUAUGCGUAAUGUUCUGGAAUAUUUAAGUUGACGUCUUUGGCAAUGACAUGAGGUGAUUUGUUACAGUCUUUAAGAAAUUUAUCUCCAUUAUUCAGAUGACGUUUGUGCUUUGGUCUGGUGACUCUUGCAUCAUGUGAUUCUAUUUCACAAUUAUCUCUGACCCUGAAACACUACCUGUGCCCUGAACAGUAAAUGUGCAAAUACACAAACUGAGUGGCAUGGU